AUGAAUUGUCCAAAACUUGUAAGUAAAUAUUUUACGCCGAAAAUUAUAUGGUAUCAAACAGAUAUUACGGUAAUCGUACGUAUUUUAUUGCAAGAUAUAAAGGAAUAUUUCCUUCGAGUAAAAUAUGAUCAUUUAUUAUUUAGCACUACAGUAAAUUCAAAAAAUUAUUAUAUUUAUUUAUAUCUUUUUGGAACUGUAAUAGCAGAAAAAACAAUUCACAUAAACUUAGAAAGAGAAAUUAAAAUUACACUUAUAAAGGCACAUAAAUGGACAGAAUGGUUAAGAUUAUGUAUUGAAAAAGAAAGAAAUCCUUUAAUUAGUAUAGAUUCAGCACAUAUAUAUAAACGUGAUUGGAUUAUUGAUUCUUUAAAGAACAUAGAAAGAGAAAGUUUUACAGAGUAUAAACGUAGACAUAAUAUAACUCAAAUAAUGCCAGAUGUACCAUCUACUGAUGAAGAAGAAUCUGAUGAUGAAGCAAUGGACAUGUUAUUUCUUUAAUCUAUAUCUAUAUAAGAUAAACAUAUUUGAUCAAUGCAAUAUUUAUAAUAUUCAAAUAUAUUUUUAAAUAAAAAUAAAAAAUAUAACUU